UCUUAUAUACGAAUUCCUUUCCAGUAUUCCCAUCUAACAAAGGCUGAAAAAACUUCUAGAUCUCUCUCAUGGAGCUUCUAGUUUUCGUCUGUGCUCUCUCUUUGGUCUAUUUUCUGUUCAUGAUAUGGAAGUGGGUUGAUGCAGAGAGAGAUGGAGUGUGCUACAUUUUGGACUACCAAUGCCACAAGCCGACCGAUGACAGAAUGCUAGACACUGAGACCUGCGGGGAGAUAAUCAAGAGGUCCAAGAAUCUUGGUCUCCAUGAGUACAAGUUCCUCCUAAAAGCUAUUGUGAGCUCCGGUAUUGGAGAGCAGACCUACGCACCAAGGAUCAUGUUAUCAGGCGAGCAAGACAAACCCACGUUGCUCGAUGGGAUCUUGGAGAUGGACGAGGUUUUUGAGGAUAGCAUCGGAAAGCUUUUGUGCAGGUCAGGCAUUACUCCCAUGGAAAUCGAUGUUCUUGUUAUUAACGUAGCCAUGCUCUCCACCGUCCCUUCUUUAGCUGCUAGGAUCAUCAACCGUUACAAAAUGAGAGAUGACAUAAAAGUGUUCAAUCUCACUGCAAUGGGGUGCAGUGCAAGCGUUAUUUCAAUUGACAUAGUCAGAAACCUCUUCAAGACCUACAGGAAUUUGUUUGCUCUUGUUGUGACUUCUGAAUCUUUGGGUCCGAACUGGUAUUCUGGGAAUCAAAGGUCGAUGAUUCUUCCGAACUGUUUGUUCCGGUCCGGUGGGUGUGCAAUUCUUCUGACUAACAAAAGGGCAAUGAAACACAGAGCCAUGUUCAAGUUGAAGUGCCUUGUUAGGACACACCAUGGGGCUAGAGAUGAGUCGUAUAAUUGUUGCAUGCAAAAGGAAGAUGAUCAAGGGAAUCUAGGGAUUUACCUUGGCAAGACUCUCCCAAAAGCUGCUACAAGGGCUCUUGUUCAUAACCUAAGAGAGAUAGCCCCCAAGAUUUUACCAGCGAGGGAACUGCUUAGAUUCAUGGUUAUGUUAAUUGUCCAGAAAAUGAGACGAAGCAGCUCCAAUAUCAAGAGUACCGGGGGAACCAAAGCUGCUGUGAACUUUAAGACUUGUGUCGACCAUUUUUGCAUCCAUACUGGUGGAAAGGCAGUCAUAGAUGGCAUUGGGAUGAGCCUAAACCUUAGCGAGUAUGAUCUAGAGCCGGUCAGGAUGACACUGCACCGGUUUGGAAACACUUCGGCAAGCAGUCUUUGGUAUGUUUUGGGGUACAUGGAGGCCAAGAAAAGGCUGAAAAGGGGUGAUUAUGUAUUGAUGUUAAGCCUUGGUGCUGGCUUCAAAUGCAACAGCUGUCUGUGGGAGGUGAUGAAGGAUUUGAGGGAUGGAAAUGUGUGGAAAGACUGCAUUGAUGGGUACCCACCUGAGUCGUUGGCCAACCCUUUCAUGGAGAAGUACAGUUGGAUCAACCAGGAGCAUGAUGCAAGCACCUUCAAGUUCCCAGAUCAGUAAAUUUAUUAAGCAGGCUAGAACACGAUUUUUAGUUAAAAAAUUGUUAGAUUUUCAAAAACAAUAUCUAUAAAAUUUCUGCAUAUUAAUUUAGGCAACUUUAUUUUGUAAGAUUUUUUUUUUUUUUUUGUGAAUUUUAUAAGCCUGAUAUCUUAUUUUGCCAGUCAGAACAAUA